UUCAUUCUGUUUUUUCCUUUCCAAUUUAAUAUCGCCAAUAACUUUGUGGAAAUAAAUAAAUAAAUAAAUAUUAAAUUAAUAAAAUUUCUAAAUUGUUUGAGUUUAAAUACAAUAAAUUCGCCUAAAGUCUCAAUUCGACAAGCUCGUAGUUGGAUUCGUAUCAACCCUCUUUUAUUUAUAGGCAGUUUCCCGACCUGUUUAUCAAUAAAAAUGGUGCCACGACCCGGGACCGCCUAAAGUUCAGUCAACAUCACCAAAUUGGCAAAAAUCCCUUUGCCUACACAUCGUCUAAAGAAAAUUUUAAAUCGUCAAAUUUUUUGUUCUGAAUCUUCUUACUUCUUUCCACCUUUCAAAUAUGUCUCGAAUACUACGUCAGGAGCUCGGUGCAGCAGUCUCAUCACUUGUAGAACGUCUAAAAAAUGCCGAUUCGUACAUCGACAGAAUCAAAUCGAAACCCACAGCAGAGGAAGAGCAGGAACUCAAAAUUUCGGUCGAGAUGGAACUCGUACAUCUCGCCCAGAGAACCGAGCAGCUUCAGACAGUCAUUCGUCACUACAAUCAGUAUAUGGAAAGUUUAAGUGAAGCAAAGCAAGAUGAGGAAGAAAAAUUUCUGGUCAACUAUUUAACUUUCGACGAAAAAUCUGACAAAAGCGAAUUUCCCGAUCGCUGGCCAAUUACAAGUUUGGUCAACCGAGCACAAGAGGCAAUAAAUCGGCUGAAAGCCUAUCGAAUUAUGCGGCAAAUGACUUCAGAAAAUGACAGCAAUAAUUCACCAAGAGCGCAAAGCGCGCAAGGAUCAGUUAAUAUUAACGAAUCACAACGAACGCAUAUUAUUCAGCCAGGUCAAGAAAGACGCCAGUUUUAUUCAGAUGAAGAAGAAGAAAGAGAAUGGUCGCAACAGCGUCGAACUCUUCGCCAAAACAGUGACCGCGACGUUUAUGAACCACAAGCACUACCCGUCGGUACUCCGUGGAACGCCCUUAAAGUUGAUAGUGUGCGUCUACCUAGAUUUGGAGGCGACAUCAGAGAAUGGAGAACAUUUUGGGCAUCCUUCGAACAUGCAGUAGAUCGUCAACCGUAUCCCCUCUUCCAAAAACAUCUCCUACUGUUACAGAACCUGAGAGAAGGAUCGGCGGCGCGUGAAGCCAUUAGCGGAUACCCUCCCUCCGACACAAAUUAUAACAUCGUCAAAGAGAUUUUAAAAGAUAAAUAUGGAAAUGAUGAUCAAUUAAGCGACCAGUUAGAAGCCCAACUUCUUAAAAUGCAACCUAUUCGAAAUAAUCUUCGUGAAUUGUCUCAGUUUCAGAAGGAAGUGGAACGGAUUUGUCUACAAUUAGAAACUCGUCACAGAAGAACUUCAUUCUAAAAAGAAGUGGGACGAUAAAGCGCUUCGAAAGGCUUUAAUAGAUAUCGUCAAAAUUCGCCAAACGACUGAGGAAUGUAUGACUUCAUUUCAAAGUGAACCAAGACGAGAGCAAACGCGGGACCAAAUUAAUAGUUCGGGAUCGUUUAGAAGUGAAAGGAUGCCAAUACGACAAGAUACGCGACAAACACCACGUCCAAUAGAACAAACAAGAGCCUUUCCUGUAUUUAGCGCCAAUAAUCGAGAUAACAAUCAAAAUUC